UUGAAAGGCUGUUUCUUUUUUCUUUUUUCUUUUUCUCAAUUUUUCUUUUGUUGCUUGAAAACCGGUCGGACGGAAAUGAUCCUCCAACGCAGCCCCACUCUCUCUCUGAAAUUUCUCCUCCGUACAGUGCCCGUCCCUCUCGGCGUCCGGCGUCCCGCUCCGGCAGAUCUUCUCUCCCUCUCCGGCAGAUUUCCUUUCUCUCCGGCAAAUUUCCUCUCUCUCUCCGGCUCUGCAUCGACCGUAGCUCAGGUAGUCCCCGUCCCUCUCGGCGGUCGGUCUCCUCUGUCGUCUGGCGUUCCCUCUCCGGCAGAUUUGGCGGCAGGAUCUGUCUCCGGCGACGCUAAAAAAACAGGUUUUUGAGUUCUUUUUAUAAGAUCUGGGAGAGCAUGGGCGAGGAGUUAGCAGCGAUGGAGGACAGAGUUCAUUGGGCUAUCUGUUUGGGAGUGGAGAGGCUCCUAAACCAGCUGCAACUAAUGCUGAAACUGCCCAAACCUGCUACUGCUUCUCCACCAGUUCCAGUAGAUGUUGCCAAGCAGGUUCCUGCUAGUAUCAGCAGUACUUCUUCAAAUAACUAUAUGCGGGCAGAUGGUCAAAACACUGGGAACUUCAUCACGGUUGUCCACAAGAAAACUGCAUCAGUUUUGUGCGUGGCCACUGUAAAAAAUGAAGAUAAGUUGGAGUUUAGCAAGAUCUUAGAGGCUAUCAAGGCCAACUUCAAUGAUAAGUAUGACGAGUACAGGAAAAAGUGGGGUGGUGGAAUCAUGGGUUCCAAAUCUCAGGCUAAAACUAAGGCCAAAGAGAGACUUCUUGCCAAGGAAGCUGCUCAGAGAAGAGUCAUGAUUAUGUGUUUCUUGUUUAACUUAGAUAUGAUUGUUCGAAGCUGUUAUUUGUUACAUUUUUGUUGGUUGAAGUUUAUUCUCAUCAACUGCAGAGGUUUUGUUCCUAGAGUGGUCUCCAUAUCAGCUCAUGAACUACUAUCAGUGCAUUGUUCAUAAUCAACUUCAGAUAGGCUGGCUACCAAUGCAGGUUGCGAUUCACGUUUGCAGUGAGAGAACCUGGCGAGAUGCAAGACUAGGUACCAGAAGACGUCUUUCUUAUUGCCUACCAUUCUCAUCAAAUACUUGAUAUAUUUGAAUUUCAGCUAAUGUAUACAGCUUGUUUUAUUACUAAUAUUCUCUGGUGAAUACGUGGUGCUAUUGAUCAUUUGGCACAUAGUAAAAAUCAAUUAAUCA